GACGGCGCAUUAAAAUGUCUCGCUAAAUGUAGCGUUACUACGUUGCAUGGGUUGUCUGUAGCGGCAGUUGUCGGCAAAUUAAUGACAGUAGUAGUUUUGUGCUUCUUGCAGUACGAUCGAUUUGGGAUGACCGCUCGUUUGUGAUAGGUUUAAUCUCAGCUGUUCGCCAAAAAACCGCAAUAGCCUGUCUGCGUAGUUCGGUUUAAAGGGACCAGGAAAAUUAAACUUAUCAUCUGAAAAUAAUAUGACUAUGUCCGUCCCGGAGAAGAUAUCAGGUUCCGGAGGAAAAGAAGAAGAGAGCGAGGAUGAGAGUGAAAUUCUGGAGGAAAGCCCCUGCGGGCGCUGGCAGAAGCGGAAAGAGCAGGUUAGUCAGGGAAAUGUCCCAGGUAUUGAGAGUGCCUCUCUAGCCAUGGACACAGAGGAGGGGGUGGAGGUGGUGUGGAAUGAGGUGCAGUUUGCUGACAAGAAGGUCUUACAGUCUCAUGAGGACCGAAUCAGGGAGAUGUUUGAGAACCUGAUGCAGGUGGAUCAUCCCAACAUAGUUAAAUUCCACAAAUACUGGCUAGACCUGAGGGAGAGUCGAGCAAGAGUGAUAUUUAUCACCGAGUACAUGUCAUCUGGAAGCCUCAAACAAUUUUUGAAGAAAACCAAGAAAAAUCACAAGACUAUGAAUGUUAAGGCAUGGAAGCGUUGGUGCACGCAGAUCCUGUCUGCACUCAGUUACCUGCACUCCUGUGAUCCGCCCAUUGUCCAUGGCAACUUGACCUGUGACACCAUUUUUAUCCAGCAUAACGGACUCAUAAAGAUUGGCUCAGUUUGGCACAGGCUUUUUGUCAAUGUAUUCCCGGAGGCGAUCCGUGGUAAUGUGCACCAGCACAGGGACGAGGUGCGGAACCAACACUUUUUUGCUCCAGAGUAUGGCCUUGCUGAAGAUGAUUAUUCCAUUGACAUUUUUUCCUUUGGUAUCUGUGCCUUGGAGAUGGCAGUCUUGGAAAUUCAAGCCAAUGGUGAUACUGCAGUGUCAAAAGAAGCAAUAGACAAUGCUGGACAGUUGCUGGAGGACCCACUCAUGAGGGAGUUUAUACAGUCCUGCGUACGAACAGAGGCCAAGAUGAGACCCACCGCACAUGAUCUGUUGUUCCACAGGGUUCUGUUCGAGGUCCAUUCUUUAAAACUGCUUGCUGCCCACUGCUUCAUCAACAACCAGUAUCUGCUCCCUGAGAAUUGUGUAGAAGAGAAAACCAAGUCCUUUGAUCCCAAUGGCAUCAUGGCAGAGAUUUAUCACAGUAACCGUCCAGGGGUCCAGUUAAAGUAUUCGCAUGUCUCACCUUUGGAACUCGACAAAUUCCUAGAGGAUGUUAAGAAUGGAAUCUACCCUCUGAUGAAUUUUGCCUCACAAAGGCCACACCCUAUCCCUAGGGCCCUCUCUCUCUCGCAGGAACACAUGGAGACGGUGAAGACGCCCACCCCAGAGCCACAGGAGACAGAGACCAGGAAGGUUGUUCAGAUGCACUGUAACCUGGAGUCCAAUGAAGAGGGGACCAGGAGUCAUCUUUCUCUCUUUCUGAAGAUGGAUGACAAGCUUCACCGUCAGUUGAGCUGCGACAUUCUGCCCACUGACAGUCCAAAAGACCUUGCCAGUGAGCUAGUGCACUACGCUUUCAUCAGUGAGGAGGACUGUGAGAAACUUGCAGGUUUUCUAGAGGAUGCACUUGGCAAGCACUGGGCAGGGACAUCUACUUCUCCAACAGCCAUGGUCGUAUCGCACUGA